UCCGUGUUUCUCAACGUAACCCUACACCUGUGGCGAAAGCGAGAUGGGAACAAGAGAGCGAAGUCCAGCCAAGCCACGGCGGCAGCGUAGAUGCAAACCGCAAGCUGUGCGCAAUAAUAGCGCACGGAACAAACCGAAUUAGGUGCACGCCUCUCCCCUCUUCCACCCCCUGCCAAUCCCCCAAAAUCGCCGCCACGCGACGGCGGGUUCGGCGGCCGCUAGCAGGAGUAGCCGCCGACGCCAUCUGGGCGGAGCUCCCGUGGCCGCCGCGUGUCGGCCCUGGCGGUUGCAUGUAUGCGGGAGGGGAGAGCCAAUGGGGGAGUCGACCGAGAGGGAGGCGGCGCUGAUGCCGCCGCCGCCGCCGCUCCUAUGGAGGCGGUUCGGCGGCCGAAGCAGCCCUCCUCGUCCGGCUCGGCUGCGUCGUCUUCGUCUAGCGGCGGAGGGGCGGCGGAGGAGGAACAGGGAGGCAAGAACAAGCAGGGGAGGCGCAGGAGCAAGCGGCGGGAGGAGGUCAUGAGGGCGAUCCGGGACAGGCUCCCCGCCGCCCCCUCCUGCUGGGGCAACAGCGUCUCGGUGGUGCAGGAGCGGAGGGGCCGGAGGGAGAGGCCCGACGAUCGCGGCCGCAACGGCGCCUUCGAGGUCCUGCAGGAGGAGGGCUCCGGCGCGGGAACCGCCGCGUUGCCGGCGUGGUGCUGCCUCUGCCCCGAAGGGGACUGCUGCUCGCUGGAGGCCAACCCGAGCGCCAACGGCAAGGAGGACCCGGGCCUGCGCACCCUCCUCGAGCGCAACGACUUCUACUCCGACGACUGCAACCCGCACGCCCCCGCCGUCAACGACGACGACGGCGGCGGCGGCUUCGAAACCCCGGCCGCCGAUUUUGAUUAGGUGCCGUCGAUCCGUUACUGCACAUUGCUGUACAGAAAUUCUAUACACCGUUAUCUGAAGCAAAUUAUACACAGAUUGUUUUUUUUUCUCUCUUUUCC